UCCAUCCCCCAAACCCUCUAUCGCUUUUGUUCGGGGCUUCCAUACGGAAUUGCUGUUGCUGCUGACUGGUUUUCAUCACCCCUCUACCGCCGGAUCAUGCUUCCGAGAAGCUGCUUGCCUUGCCUGGAGCCACCAUGAGUACCCACCUAGUGGCUUUAUUUGAUACGUUAAACUACUUUUGGUUUCGACUAGAAUUUCAGUGUAGUGGGAAUAUCUACCGGGUUUUGUCUGAGCCACAUUUCGAACUGGCUGGCGAGGGUCCCCCUAUGUACGUAGACCUACCAAGAUGUUGCGCUUCUUCGGGUGCUGUUUUGUGCCCACUACAUGAGCUUGGGGGUGUCUUGUGAUGUUUAGGCGAAUUCGCCGGUCGAGGGGUUGGGACUUAUCGGUUGGAUUUCUGUGGUUAUGCUAGGUAAUCACUUUCGCGCCGUUCCCGCCACUGUGUAAGGCAAUCGUUGAAGCGGUGGUUCAGGUUGCAUCGAGACGCGUUACUUCGUUUGUUACUCAUGAUUCAUCGAUGUUCGACAAAUCUGAGACUGUUUUCCUGUUUGGAGUUGGACGUUAGUGAUAUGAUGUUGUCAACAGCGUAAGACUGUCGUUUUUUAAAUUCAAACUCAAGGGAUUGAUCCCUUGCUACAUGAAGCGGCCUUUGCUCGUAGAAUUUAGGUUCUGAUUGAGACACGUUUGAUAGUAGAAGUGCGUAACCCAUCGAGUGUUUGUAGCGGGAUAUCCACGACAUCGGAAUGGCCGGGUUAAACGAAGUCUGCGUUUUAUAUUUCUGUGGUGAGACAAUCGAUUGCGGACGUGAUGGUGUAGCGAAAGUGAUUGUGGACGUGAUCGUAGAGGUGGAUUGAGUAGUUAUGAACGAUAGUGGUGACGAGGGAAUGUCAGCAUAAGCUUAUAUUGGAAAAAUUAGGCAGUGCUUUAUAGUGAAUAUGCACGUUCAGGCUUAGCUGUCUACUACGGAACUUAAGAAAGGGUUGAUCGUCGCUCGAUGUUGCUGCAAUAAGAGAUUGGGUUUAGAGUUUUGAUUGGCAACUUCACUAGUGUUCAGAGUGUUUAGUUGGAUGAAUCAAUCGUUUUCGUCGAAUUCUAUCAGUAGAACCCUAUGUUUCCUGGGAAAACAAGGAUCACAAGUAGGGUGCCAUGGAAUCCCUUCAGUCUACAAUACGUUUGUCAAGGUUUGUAUAGGAAUACUGGGUGCCACAUUGAGCACGGGCUGAGGAUUGAUUAGUUGACCAGCGAUGACAUUGAUGGAAAGCACGAUGCGUCCGCGUUACAGAAAGAGAGGGGGGACGAUGAUGCGUUCCUUCACUCGCAAGGGCAAACCUGUGCGGCAUGUGGCAGUGCUGGUGGUAUGUGUUCUGCUGGGCUGGCUAUUGGCCUGCGUAAUUGGGGUUGUGCUUUAUCGCAGCUCUUCGAAGUCCACGACCAGGGAGUUCAGUCUCAAGUGCGACAAUCACAAGGAGAUCCUCAGGUCUCAAGUGGAGAACAACCUGAAUGCGUCAUUUGUAGCCCUGGGACUGAUCGCCAGCGUUCCAGAUGUAGAUGAUACCAUCUGGAAGAAUUUUACGAGGCGAACGUUGUUUCUUCGGCCCAAUGUAAAAACACUGGUAUAUUGUCAGCGCUUGCUGGGCAGCCAGCGAGCGGAAUUCGAGCGCGCGCACAAUCGCUCAAUCAUGACAGUUCUUGCAAACUCCUCAUGGGCCAGGCGGGAACAGGCCGAUGAGUAUGCGCCAGUUGUGUUUGAGACUGAUGAUGUGGAUCUCUACAUGUAUGACGCUGGGUCUUCUCCUAUUCUUAACCAAGCUCUUGUGAAAGCGCGUGACACUGGUAUGUUUACUCUCUCGCCACCGAGCCCAUGGGAAGGCACUUUCCAAAUGGGAGCCUAUUUGGCAUACUACGGGCCUGGCAAAGAUUCAACAAAUUUCACCAGCGUUUCUGCAAGGAAGAAUGCAUGCUUGGGUUAUGUGGCAACAGUACUGAACAUCGUGGAAGUGUUUGGUGCUGUCCUUUCGAGGUUCAUCGACAACGAGGACAUGGAUGUUGUGGCUGUCUACAACGUGGACCCUAAUAUAGAACCACAUGUAGCAUAUAAUUGCACUAGUACUGUUACGCCCUGCGCCCUUCCAUUGUUUGAUCCAUCGAACCGGUCAAAGGAGCGUAGCGAUGUGUUUGUCGCAUGGGAGGUUGGGUCUCAGAACUUCGAGCUUCGAUGCUUACCGAAGAGCAACAUGAAGCUCUCAGCUUUUCGGAACGUCGCAGCGUGGCCUCUUUUGCUGGCCAUGGUUAUUCUCUUCUGCGCAAUUAUUGUGUAUCUUGUGUUGAAGCGAAUGAUGGUAAUUGAGAAGGACUUAUCUAUUAUGGAGAAGAUGAAUGCCAAGCUCACGGCUGCCACCAUGGCAGCUGAGGCUGCUGAGAAAGCAAAAUCAAGUUUUCUGGCCACAGUUUCGCAUGAGUUAAGAACCCCAAUGAAUGGAGUUAUUGGAAUGACAAACCUGCUUAUGGGGACGAAGUUAAAUCCGCAGCAACUCGAGUAUGUCAGAAUUGCUCAAGCUUGUGGAAAGAGCCUUGUGGCACUUAUCAAUGACGUGCUGGAUUUGUCAAAGAUUGAAGCGGGAAAGAUGGAAAUUGAGUCUGUACAGUUUAACAUUCGGGAUGAGAUCGAUGAAAUACUAUUACUGUUCGUUGAAAAAGAAUCCCACAUGCAUCUUGAGAUGGCGGCUUUGAUUCAUGAUGCAGUGCCAUCUUGCUUGUUGGGAGAUCCAACUCGCAUUCGUCAGGUUCUCGUCAACCUUGUCAGUAAUGCCAUGAAGUUCACUAAGCAGGGUAGUAUCUUCUUAUGCGUUCGCAUUCUAGACACAUGUCACUCUGACCGCCUGCUCCCACUUCCGGAAGUGACUAAUAGUCGUCCUCGCUCAAAACACUUCACUCUGGGCAGUGUAGGCAGUGGACAAGUGGUAAAUAAGUCUUCCAGUGGAAGUGAUACGACCGGCAUGGUUGGAAGUGAUCGGGAUACGACUUACAGAGGAAAGUCCGCGAAGAUAUCUGAGAUGCAUUUGGUGGCGCCGAGGCUGAGUAUGGUGCCAGGCGCUUUGAGCACACGCGAAGCUGUUGCCGCGUGGAGGAGAUGGGAGCCGAAGGGAUCAACUGAGACCGCAGAGCCAAGACUGGUUACUCUUGUUAUUUCUGUGGAAGACACAGGUAUCGGUAUCCCAUUACACUUGCACAAUCGCCUAUUUCAACCUUUUCUUCAAGCUGACAGUAGCACCUCCAGAGAAUAUGGAGGCACUGGUGUUGGUUUAUCAAUAUGCAAGAAACUGGCAUGGUUGAUGAAAGGAGAUAUUACUGUGAAUAGCAACCCUGGAGAAGGUAGUGUUUUUGAAUUAACUGUCACACUAGGGCUGCCCCCAGAGCCAUUUUAUACAAACUGGGAGGCUGGUUGUGUAAAGCCCGAUCAGAAACCAACCGCUGAUCAUGAAAAGUUGAGGGGAGCUAGAGUUAUUUUGGUCGAUACUCAUCCUGUGCGGCAGGAAGCAUCUGCGAGCUAUUUAAGGAGAUUAGGCGUGGUAGUGGAAGAAACAGAAGACUUGCGGGGGGUUAUGGACUUUCUCAGGAGAAAAGAGAACGCAAUCUUAGUGCAAGCAAUCAUAAUCGAUUUUCAAGGAGUAGAUAAAGAUACAACGAGAGAAAUAGGGCAACUCGUGAGGAAAGAACCCGGUUAUGAGGCUCUACCGGUGAUAGCGCUCACCUGCCCACAAAUACAUGAGGAGGAGCUGAAGAAGGCUGGAUAUUCGUCAACUAUCUUCAAGCCAUUACGCCAUGCAACUGUAACCACGAUAUUGUUGGAAGCUUUAGGGGUUCGAACUGUGACGCCCACCACCAAAGUGGCUCCAAAUCCCAAACUAUUGGUCGGGAAACGCCUGCUAGUGGUAGAUGAUAACAUGGUCAACCGAAGAGUUGCCACCUCGAUGCUAGCUCGAUAUGGCGCCACCGUUGCUGCUGUCAAUGGAGGAAUGGAAGCGAUUAACGCAAUUCGCGAUCAGAAGGUCGACGAGGCUUUUGAUCUUGUGUUGAUGGACAUUCAGAUGCCAGAGAUGGAUGGUUAUGAAGCCACCCGAAGAAUACGGACAUGGGAGAUAGAGGUCUGUGAGCAGUGCUCUGAGGAUAGGAUCGCGUCUGAGCUUGAGCUUUUGAAGUGCUCGCACUACCACCUCCCUAUCGUAGCAGUCACUGCAGACGUCACGAAGGAGACACACGAACUUUGUUUCGAUGCUGGAAUGGAUGACUACAUUUCCAAGCCGUUGGAUCAGAAACAGCUAUAUUCCUUACUUGAACACUUUGUACAAGGAGAGCUGCAAGGCCAACCAAAGCGUGCAAGGGCGCAAUGACCAUCGAGCUUACAAGGUCUGCUAUCAUCUCGAAUGUCCAGUUCAGAAGCUUUUCCAAUGAGAAUCAUGACAAAACACUCGCAGCAGCUUCUACAAACACUUGUAUGGACACAGUCCUGAACGAUACUAAGAUAAGCACUGGGUGGUAUCGGCCUCCCAUUGUGCAUCGUUGGUAGUGGAAGUCCGCGAAGGGAACGGUUGACUGGUGUUAAUGAACACAUCCUCUUCGAGACAUGGCGCCCAACAAAUGUCGGUACAGGUUGUACCAAGUUGGGUACCAGAACCAGUUGAGUUUGAACUCUAUGCCCGAGUCAACUCCUCCAAGGAACCUGAUCACCAUAUUUCUCCACCGUCUAGACAAAAUGAGACCCCAAGGGUUCCGAGUGGAUCCUCGUUUUUCGCCGCAGCAGCGCACUUCUGCAGAUGCAAGGCGGGUGUCGAAGUCGAAGCUCGUCGGAUCAUCUUUCCACCGACUUUUACACCGACAUCCAUACGUUGACCCCUCCUUCGGACACUGGUGGCGAUCGGAAAUGAAUCGCCUGGUGAUUCCAAUGAUCCGACACUCAGUCUUGAGAAUCUGACUUCUAGAUUACAACUCUUGAGUUCCCUUGUACGAGUAAUUCGAGUGUGGCCUCACUAUUGAUAUUAUUACUAUUACCUCUACUAUCAUUGAUAUUCUUACCAUGAUGGAUGUACCUGUCAUAUUUACUACGAAGAUAAUCACUGCUGUGGGAUAAAGCAAAAUCAAGCUUA